CCCCGGGCGUCACCCCGCAACCUCUCCAGUUUCCCUUGUCGGUGACUUGGCGCUCGACCGAAACCGGCGGGACGCGACGCUGCGGAGCGCGAGCUGCAGGUGAGAGGAGCCGUUGGAUGCAGUUGAAAGAAGAUGGAUGCACAGUGUUCAGCCAAAGUCAAUGCAAGAAAGAGGAGGAAAGAGGCAACCGGGCCCAAUGGGGCAACAGAGGACGAUGGAACGCCUUCAAAGGUGGCACGCUGUGCAGUUGGCUUACGGGAACCGGCUCCUUUUUCUGAUGAAAUUGAAAUUGACUUUAGUAAGCCCUAUGUCAGGGUUACUAUGGAAGAAGCCUGCAGAGGAACUCCUUAUGAGCGGCCUGUGAGAGUUUAUGCAGAUGGAAUAUUUGACUUAUUUCACUCUGGUCAUGCCCGAGCUCUGAUGCAAGCCAAGAAUCUUUUCCCCAAUACAUACCUCAUUGUGGGAGUCUGCAGUGAUGAGCUGACACACAACUUCAAAGGCUUCACGGUGAUGAACGAGAGCGAGCGCUACGACGCGGUGCAGCACUGCCGCUAUGUGGACGAGGUGGUAAGGAAUGCCCCCUGGACCCUGACGCCUGAGUUCCUGGCAGAGCACCAGAUUGAUUUUGUGGCCCAUGACGAUAUCCCCUAUUCUUCUGCUGGCAGUGAUGAUGUCUACAAGCACAUCAAGGAAGCCGGCAUGUUUGCUCCAACGCAGAGGACAGAGGGGAUCUCCACGUCGGACAUCAUCACCCGCAUUGUUCGGGACUAUGAUGUGUAUGCCAGACGGAAUCUCCAGAGGGGCUACACGGCCAAGGAGCUCAAUGUCAGCUUCAUCAACGAAAAGAAAUACCACCUGCAGGAGAGGGUUGACAAAGUAAAGAAGAAAGUGAAGGACGUGGAAGAAAAGUCCAAAGAAUUUGUUCAGAAGGUAGAGGAGAAAAGCAUUGACCUCAUUCAGAAAUGGGAGGAGAAAUCCCGCGAGUUCAUUGGAAGCUUCCUGGAAAUGUUUGGACCCGAAGGAGCCCUGAAGCAUAUGCUGAAGGAGGGCAAAGGCCGGAUGCUGCAGGCCAUCAGUCCAAAGCAGAGUCCUAGCAGCAGCCCCACUCGUGAACGCUCCCCCUCGCCCUCCUUCCGAUGGCCCUUCUCUGCCAAGACUUCUCCACCUUCCUCCCCAGCAAACGUCUACCGACGCAAGGCUGCAGCCUACGACAUCAGUGAGGACGAAGAGGACUAACUUCCCGCCGCGUCUCCUCUCCUCCCCCGCCUCAUCCCCUGCAGAAGCUCGCUGCUGACCUCGCAGUUGUGAUUCCAACACUAAACCCAAGGGUGAAACAGUACUGGGGCAAGGGGACCUGGGAUGGGGAACCAACAGCCCAUCCUCCAAGAGGCAUCUAUUGUCCACACGAGGGAGGAGGCUGCCUGUCCUGAAGAAGCCCGUUCUGCAUCCAUCUGCCCACCCUAAGGACUUUGCUUUAUGAUUGGUGUUCAUGUCAUCUUGAUAGGGAAAUUGUCAUCAUUAUUAUUAUUAUUUUUAAAAAUUA